UGGUCGCCCACAGCUCCGGGCCGGGUGCUGCAGUGUAAACAAAAGGGACUUAGCCUUCGCGGAACCGAGAAGUCCUGAAGGCAGCAACAGACAGGACAGGGUAUCACCGAAGACUUUCUUUUGAUUGACUUACCAGUGUUGGGCAAAACCGUACGAACUCUGAAAGGCUUUAAAAGCAGAAUCGUCGGCUGGCGUCGAUACUCCGCGUAUCGCUACCCUCUCCUGCAGCGUAUACGGGUGCAAAAGGCCGGAUAGUGAAAUGAUGAUGGCGCACCUGCGAAUCCAGUGGCCACUAAAGGUUACCAUGUUGCCGCUGUUGUUGGUGGUUGUGUUGCUGCAAAUACCUCAAUGGUCCGGUGCUGCGGAAGUCGAGAUUCUCAAGAGAUCACAAGCAACAAGUCCAGUGCAAGAUUGGGUGGAAUGGAGAGACAGUGCACAUUCUCGGAAGAGACGCCAAGCUCUUAGCGGUACUGCUGACACAGUAGCCACGACUGCUCAGAAUGACCAAUGCUCGAAGAUUGUCUACCGCGAUACUAACACUUGGGUGGCGAGUUGCCCUGUUGGUAGUUAUGGCACGGAAGCAUACGGUGAGUGCCGUGCUUGCUCAGAGGAGUGUGCUAGCUGCUCAGAUCGUACAGUGUGUACAUCGUGUAAAAGCAAUCUGCUCCUACAAGGUAAUGCAUGCCAGGACAAGUGCUCUAAUGGAUACGUUCUGCUACAACGCAACGUAGGUUCCAGUCUGAGUGUUCGACUUGUCGACAGUGCUACGUUCAACAUGGCUACACUGUCAGCUCAGCAAGGACGACUGGAAGUCCGAGAUGAGAAUGGAAAUUGGGGAACUGUCUGCAACAAGAGCUUUACUUUGACAUCUGCUAAUGUGGUGUGCCAACAGCUAGGUCUUGGCAUGGCUUCAGCGCUCACAAGCGGACGGUACGCAAUAGCAAAACGUGAUAUGCCAAUCAAUCUGGGCCAUGUCCAGUGCACUGGACAGGAGAGUUCUAUAUUUGAAUGUCCACUUAAGCGUCGUCAAGACACGCUGUGUACUCAUUAUGAAGAUGUGGAAAUUCAAUGUGCUGGUCCAGACACUAGCAGAUCAUGUGUUGUACCAAACUGUCCACGUGGAUUCUACCUAGCUCAAGACAAGAAAAGUGACGUGACUAUUUGCCAAGCAUGUGAUACUGGCUGUGCAAGUUGCACUGCUACAUCUACUAACUGUUUGGAGUGUCCAUUUGGGCGGUUUCGCAAGCCAACGGGGACAAACGGCUCAAUCUGUGUAGCCACCUGCGGAAACGGCUUCUACGGGAAUACUGUCAGCAAACGUUGUCUACCCUGUGAUCAGUCUUGUAAGACUUGUGCUAACGGUGGAAACAACAAUGUGUGCACCAGCUGUGCAAGUCAACAAUAUCUAAUUGGUACAUGGUGUGUGACAGAUUGCCCUAGUCACAUGUGUGGCAAUACACUGACGGGGAUGUGCACGUUGAACUGUGAAACAUGUGGAGAUGGACAGUGGAGCAACACAUGCACAAGCUGUAAAGACUCCAAGCUGCUGAGUGGCACAUCGUGCGUACAAGCUUGCCCGCCACCAACUCUGGCACUGAACGGUCGCUGUGUAACAAAGUGUCAAGAUGGCUACUAUCCAGAUAUCCAGGAGCAGACCUGCCGUAAAUGUACCUCCAACUGCACUCUGUGUACUAGCCAAGCGCAAUGUACCAGAUGUGCACUGCCAUAUUUGGAAGAAAACGGUCAAUGCGUAGUACAAUGCUCAUGGCCCAAAGAACCCGAAGAUGUUGUUCCCCGGAAUUCUCUUGUUCGACUUGCUGGCGGCACCUCGAACAAAGGUAGAGUGGAGGUCUAUUUUGGUUCUCGCUGGGGAACCGUAUGCGAUGACUACUGGAGUAUAACCAAUGCGAGAGUAGUGUGCAGACAGCUAGGUUUCAACAGGGUUGUCGGAUCACGCAUUUCGUUAUCCGCUAAUAACAUUCAACGAGCACACAACGAUGACCCAAUAUGGAUGAACAAUGUACAAUGUAAUGACAGUGAUGCCUCUCUGAUCAACUGCUCUCACCGAGGCUGGGGAAGGACAGAUUGCUCGCACGCUGAAGAUGUAGUCAUUCAGUGCAGCGGAAGCUCAGCUAAGCGCUGUGUGAGAAUCUGCUCCGACGGCCUGUACAGACCUCCAUGGAGCACAUGUCAGCGAUGUUCUGGCAACUGUGGAACCUGCUCGUAUGGGGCAUCAGCAUGCACUGGUUGUAACACAGGGACAUUCCUGUACAAUUCCGAGUGCAUCACACACUGUCCAUGGGGAUUUUUCAAGGACUACAGGCUCCAAAAAUGCUCAUCUUGUGCUGGCAGCUGCUUAUCAUGUGCUUCCAGUGCCAGUGCCUGCACCAGUUGCCACCCGGGAUACUAUCUUGAAAACAACACCUGUACUGCACAAUGUGGUCCCCAACGCUUUGCACUCCACUACAAAGCAUCUGUACGACUGGUCAACGGCAAAACCCCACUGGAAGGCCGUGUGGAAAUGUUUUAUAAGGGCAAGUGGGGAUUCGUUUGUGAUGACUACUGGUCGCUUGAAGAUGGUGAGGUGCUGUGCCGGCAGCUCAACUAUGGCCCAGCUUUAGCUGUAUUCUAUCGUAGCUACUUUGGUAGCAACGACGCGCAGUCAAUUGUACUGGAUGAUGUACGAUGUACGGGAAAUGAGACUCGUCUAGAGGACUGUCCUAGCCGCACACCUGGAACUCAUAACUGCUACCUCUCAGAAGUUGCCGGUGUAAAAUGCGCUGGACCCAAUUCAGCACGUCGAUGUGUUGACCAGUGUCCCACUAACUACCGCGGUGUGCCUGGUGGGGAUUGUCAGCAAUGUGACUUCUCUUGUGCGGACUGCGUCAGCAACGCUCCUACCACAUGUACACAAUGCAACGAUGGAUUCGUUUUAGAGGGAGGAAAAUGCAAGGCGGCAUGCAGCUCCAACUUCUACAAUGUCAGUGCUGUGUGCUAUCAAUGUCAUUCAUCAUGCAGCAAGUGUGAUGGUCCAGCUGCAACAAACUGCAUUGAUUGUCCGCUACCCAAGUAUUUGUCGGGAGGUCGCUGUCAAGACUCUUGCACUGGCUAUACACUGCAUAAGGAGAUGUCGCAGGGUAUUCGACUGGCCAAUGGCACGGCUCUAUCUGGCCGUGUUGAAGUUUACAACUCUCUCACCGGGCAAUGGGGUACAGUUUGCGAUGACCAGUGGACACUUCAUGAUGCUACUGUUGUUUGUCGUCAACUGGGCCUUGGUCCACCCGUUGCUACAAUCAACCAACACAACAGAUCACGCACUACAACAUACUACAACCAGAUCACAAACUUCUCCAUUCCUAUCGUGCUGGAUGACCUUCACUGUAAGGGCUCAGAACCAACCUUGUUCGACUGCAUUCAUCGUGGAGCGAACAGACAUAACUGCCAUCAUAGAGAGGAUGCUGGUGUUAUCUGCGCACCACCGCUAGUGUCUGCGCCUAUCUGUCUGCCUACGUGUGACACUUCGCAGGGAUACCGUGUGAAAGAUGCGCUAGCACGUACAUGUGAAAAGUGUGCAGCGACAUGUAAACGCUGCAGCACGGGAAGUGCCACCGUAUGCGAAGAAUGCAUCGAGGGAAGAUUCUUGAGUGCGUCUGAAAGUGGGCAGUGUGAACUCAAAUGUGAAGAUGGUUUCCAUGGUGACACAACUGACGGUACAUGCCAGCCAUGUAAUGAGAAGUGUGAUGGUUGUUUCAAUGGAGCACGUGACGAUAUCUGUAUUCGCUGUAAUACCACACUGGACUUGGUCCUGGAUGGCACACAAUGUGUAUCAGCUUGUCCAGCCGGAAAACGACCAGUGCGCGAAACCUACCAGAAGAAUUUAACAAACAUCCGCCUACAAGGCACUCAGCAAGUGCUACAACUCUACAUCAACUCUAAAUGGAUUCCGUUCUGCUCUAGCAGAGGAGAGUGGGAUCGCUACGCAGCCAGCGUUGUGUGCAGGCAGCUCGGCAUGGGUUUACCAACACGAUACUCCACGUCUCUUGUUCACGCAUUCAGCCAGCUUCAUGUGAACUUCCUGCGCUGUCUCGGUACAGAAGCCAACAUAUUUGAAUGCCAGAUGCAAACCAAAGCCUCUGUCUACAGUUGCUAUCAGGCAUCUGUACAGUGCAACGCAUCUCUUGAGGCAUACGAUGAAGUGUGCACAACUGUUAACGAUAAACCAUGCUCGAAUGGAUUAUGUGAACCAGCAGCUGGAUGCUUCAACACUACAAAGAUCGCCGGCUAUAAAUCAGCGUGCUGGGAGUGCCCGAAAACCUAUGUGGGAGAUGGACAAGACUGUAGAACUUAUUCUCUCCAGCCACACAAACUGGUGUUGACACCACGCAACCGAUCAGCUGUGGUCAACCAGACAGCAGCGGUUGUACUGUCCUGCGGUGCAAAUACAAGUUGUAUAAUCAACUGGUACCACGAAGGGAAACGAUUGAACUUAUUACCGACAUUCACGACAAGACUCGAUUACACUCGUCCAAAGUUCCACUACAAGAUGACCGCUACUGGAUCUCUGCUACUGGGACGUAUACAACUGUCCAUGCAGGGAAGAUACGAAUGUUUCUCCAAGACCACACAGCUACAACUAUCAGCAAGCGCCUAUGUGAAUGUGCUCAGUCCAAUGCCGGUUGCAAUUCUCCCCUUCCGUGAUACAACUGUGGUUCAAAAAGGUGCCAACUACACACUGAAAUGUCAGGCUACUGGUGUUCCCACUCCGACGGUAACAUGGUCACGUAGCAAUGGGGGAGCUGUAGAAAACAAUGGCGUCAAGUACACAGUGACGAAUGACAGCUUGAUCCUGCUCAAUCCUACGCUCGCUGACACAGACACAUACACCUGCAAUGCCAGUAAUAAUUUCUCUACAGCAUCUGCAAUCACAGUUAUCCUCGUCAAAGUUGCACCACUUUUCUCCCGCACGCCUCCACUAGAGGGCAUUGUCCUGGAUGAGAACGAGGCUAUCGUACUUACCUGUGGCAUGGAGAACUUUACGGAUACAGUAAUCUACUGGCUGUAUCCACGAUCUGUCUAUCAGCCUGAAAGCCGUGUCUUUGUCACCGAGAAUGCAAACGGUCCAACAUCAACUCUAACAAUUCGCGGAGCUGUUAGCAGUGACAGUGGGUUAUACACAUGCAGUGCAAGGAACAGCGCAGGACAAGUCGACUAUCAAGUUUCCGUCACUGUCAGAUCUACUAUGGUCAUGGUCAAUCAGACAGUGUCACUGGAGUGUGCUGAUUACUAUGUCUCAGCGGAUCGCAGAGUGCUCUGGAGCGUUCUCAGAGCUGGUAGACACUCAAACGUUGCCUUCAAUGAACGCUACAUUCAGAACGGCUCUCACCUGACUAUCACUGAUCUCCGGGUUGGAGAUAGUGGACGGUAUGGGUGUCUGAUAACGGAUAUGUAUGAUAAAGAAGUAUCCCAUCGCGAGACCACACUUGUCGUACUAGGUCCACCUGUUCUGAAACCGUCACCAACCAGCCCUAAAUCCAUUAUCGUGCCCACCAAUACUUCCACAUCUAUUCUCUUAAAUGUGACAAUCCAAAGUUCAACCCCGAUGACAGUGGUGUGGAGAAGAGAUGGUGUAGUUGUGAACAAUGCACACGCUAAGCAGCUUUCAAACUACUCCCUGAUGAUCUGUGGUGUGCGAUCAGAUGAUUAUGGUACCUAUACUGUCACAGCAACCAAUGACUAUGGAUCAACAACUCUAGAUAUUGCCGAGAUUGCAGACCAACAGGUAGGGUCCGCUGUAUCACAUUCCGGAGAUGACAGCUCAGGUAGCAGCAGCAGCGCUACCACAGAUAAUGUGCCAGUACCUGUUGUCCCGCCAUCCGUUAGCAGUGGUUCAGAAGGUUAUGUUCCCGCUGUCCCGCCAUACACUGGCAACAGCACGCCCAACAGUUCAAGCAGCGCCAUACUCCACGAUUAGCAAUCCGAUGGCUGUUGAAAAUGGAGGUGGUGAUUUGGUGUCGCUGAUGUAGAGAUUGGCUCUGUAGUGUUCCCUAGGAGCUCAUGUCAUGACCAGCAGCUUGACAAGCCUUGCGAUUACUACUGCUAGAUUUAGAGCUGCUGGUUAGGCUUGCCUUGAGCGGAUUACACUGUUUACCCAAUAACACAGUUUACUACACUCAAAGUACAUGAUGUGCUUGGUGUUUCCAUUGGUCAUACCGGCAAACACUGCACUUCACUGCCGCUUUACCAGUUCUUCUUUGAUUGCAUGUGCUGGCACUGGUUGUCGUAUUCACUGCUUUCAUGUAUUCACGAAUAAGUAUUCACGUAUUCACGUAUUCACGUAUUCACGGAUUGGCUACGGGACCUGGAUACUUGGGUGUACUUUGCAGAGAGUUUUUCUGACAAUCUGUCACCCCCCCCCCCCCCACCACCACCACCAAUGCAUCUAAAUUUGUUGAAGUAUUACCUCUUGCCAACUACGUCACUUGCAUUCUAUCAGCUGUUUUGUGCUCCUAACUUACAUGUACAUGGUCUAUAUUGGUAUGUGAUGCAGCUGCAUUUAUGAUUUGCACACCACACCUUACACGUGGGCUAGUUCUCCAGCACAGUUUGUGGGUUUUGUUUGUUUGAUAUGGCUUGUUACACUUCAGUCUUCAGAAAACAAGGAUUCAAAGGCA